AUGAAGUCUCCCAAUUGUUCUCCUUGGUUCAUUGAGCAGAAUGAAGAUCAUGUUUCUGUCUUCUCUCUGGAAUCCAGUGUCUUUUGCAGUGAAGAGCAUUUGAAUAAAAAUCCUUUGAACACCUUUAUAAUAAACGUUGGUGGCAGCAGAUUCACUCUGUCGCAUGAAACUCUGUUGUCCUAUCCUGAAACACGCCUGGGGAAACUGGCUACAUCUGAACAGGAUUCUGUGCUGGAUCUAUGCGACGAUGCCAACUUUGUAGACAAUGAAUAUUUCUUUGAUCGGAGUUCUCAGACAUUCAAGUACAUUAUACAUUAUUAUAAAACUGGAAAGCUGCAUGUAAAUGAAGAACUUUGUGCAAUGUCAUUUUUGCAAGAAAUUGAAUACUGGGGAAUAGAUGAACUUAACAUUGACAUUUGCUGCCGAGAAAGAUAUUACAGACGGAAAGAAAUUAAUGAAUCCUUAGAUAUAAAGCGCGAUACAGAACUGAUUCAGAAUGAAGAGGAAGAUUUCUCUGGAGUGAUUUGUGAAAAACUAAGGCAAAAGCUAUGGGUCAUAAUGGAAAAACCUGAUUCUUCCAAGCUAGCUAAGACAUUUGGAAUCCUCUCUGUAGCCUUUGUCUUAAUUUCCAUUGCAAACAUGGCUAUCUUUUCUCUUGAAUAUACUGUACUGGAUCCCCCUUUGUUGAAUGCAGUUGAGUAUAUUUGCAUAACCUGGUUCACUGCAGAGUACCUGCUAAGAUUUUUAUGUGUAAAAAAUAAGUGCAAAUUUGUUAAGAGUUUGGUGAAUAUCAUUGACCUCAUUGCUGUGGUCCCGUUUUACAUCACAAUGCUGGUGGAGCAACUUUACGGAGGUUCAACAGAACUGGAAAAUGUUGGGAAAGUUGUCCAGAUCCUGAGAUUAAUGAGAUCAUUACGCAUGUUGAAACUUGGAAGACACUCAACAGGUCUGAAAUCUCUAGGAAUGACCAUUGCUCUAUGUUAUGAAGAAGUUGGCCUCCUUCUCCUUUUUCUCUCUGUGGGCAUUUCCAUCUUCUCAACAGUGGAGUAUGCCGUGGAGCACACUGUCCCAGGCACAACGUUUUCUAGUGUCCCCUGCGCAUGGUGGUGGGCGACAACAUCCAUGACCACUGUGGGCUAUGGAGAUAUCCGGCCUGAAACUACCAUUGGGAAGAUAAUUGCCUUUUUAUGUAUUUUGACUGGGAUUCUGGUCUUGUCGCUACCCAUAGCUAUUAUAAAUGAUAGGUUUUCUACUUGCUACUUCACCCUGAAGAUGAAAGAUGCAGCCCUUCGACACCAUGAUGCUCUGAAGAAGCUCACCAAAAAUUCAGCAUUUGAUUCAGUUGUCAAUGUUAAUUUGCGAGAUAUUUAUGCUCGCAGCAUAAUGGAAAUGUUACGGAUCAAGAACAGAGAAAGAGCUAGCACCAGAAGCAGUGCUGGAGAUGACAUAUGGUGA